AUGUCAGCGCUCGCCACGGAUACGCCACUGUCGUCAACCGCCGUUGCCGAGGAAGUGACGACCGCUCUCAUAUCCGCCGUCACCAGGGACACGCGACUGGACGUCAAUCCCAUCGCGGUGAUCCUGGCGGUCUCCGUGAUCUGCAUCCUGUCGCCCGUCACUAUCACCGGCAACUCGAUCAUCUUAGCCGCUUUCUACAGAUACAAGAGGCUCAGAACUGCGUCCAACUAUCUCCUGGUCUCGCUGGCCAUCAGCGAUUUCGGCGUCGGCGUGUUCAUGCCGUUCGGGAUGCAGCUGGAGCUCUCGGGUCUACCGGAAAACGGCGUUUCCACCCUGUGUAUCAUGCCAUACUGCAUCAUCAUCGCGCUCUGCAGCGUGAGCGUCCUGGUGACCGUGGCCAUCGCGGUGGACCGUCUGACUUCGCUUGCGCAGCCGCUGAGAUACAGAAACAUCAUCACCCACAGCAGCAUAGAAAAGUACAUCGCGGUCUUUUGGAUAUACGCGAUCGCCGUCGGCCUCUCACCCCUCAUUCACGCACAAAUCAUCGGAAGGACGCAGUCGUACAAGUAA